AUGUCGUUGGAUCCGUCAACAGGAUUCACCUGUGUUGCUUGCCAUCUUGUUUUCAAGACAGCUGAACUUCAACGCGAUCACUACAGAACGGAUUGGCAUCGUUAUAAUCUUGAAGAGACAAUCACAGCUGAACAGUUCCGCGACAAGGUGUUGACGUUCAGGAGCGAACAAGAGGCGUUGAAAAAAGAGGAAGAGGAUUCGACUGCACUAUAUUGCGCCACAUGUCGAAAGAAACUGAAGUCGAAAAAUGCGUUGGCAGAUCACAUGGCGAGCAAGAAGCACAAGGAAAUGGAAACGCGGGAGCCGAAAGGUCCCAGGCAACCUAGAAAAAAAAAUUCACAACAGCCCACUACUGUGCCAACUGAAGAACAGGAUGAGAAUAUGGAGAGUGAAGAGGAUGAGGACGAGGAUGACAGCAGCUCUGGUUGGGUGACAGAUCAUGGCUCGGAAGAAGAAGUUGAAGACGCUGAUUUUGAUGAGAGCAAGGCCAUUCCUAUUACUGCGUGUUUAUUCUGCCCACAAACUACCUCUUCAAAAGAAGAAGCAGCUGAACAUAUGAAGUUUCAUCACGGGUUUGCUUUACCUGACAGGAAGUACUUGGUCGACGAAGAUGGCAUGCUUAACUACUUAGGGCUCAAAGUGGGAGCUGGGCGUUGUUGCAUUUUCUGCCCAGAUAUACGAAGUCGUUUCGCUACUGUGGCUGCAUGCCAAGCACAUAUGCGCGACAAACAGCAUUGCAAAGUGAAUCGCGAACCAGAAGGCAUGUUGGAGUUUGCCGAAUACUACGAUUAUAGUCCGAUGUAUGAGAAUGAAAAGGAAGGAGCUCCAUCGGAUACUACUUAUGAUGACGGAUGGACGCUGACGCUUCCGUCAGGUGCAAAAAUUGGACACCGCUCGUUAAUGUUGUACUACCGUCAGUAUCUCCGUCCUACAGACGGUAGUAAACCUGACGUUGGCAAGGCGGCUAUUGAUAAAGCUCGUGGUCUCUAUCCAGCUUUGGCAUGGACUGGAACAACAGGUGCAAAAAUUGGACACCGCUCGUUAAUGUUGUACUACCGUCAGUAUCUCCGUCCUACAGACGGUAGUAAACCUGACGUUGGCAAGGCGGCUAUUGAUAAAGCUCGUGGUCUCUAUCCAGCUUUGGCAUGGACUGGAACAACAGGUGCUGUGGCCAAGCAGACAGCUCGUGAUCUACAGUUUGUACAACGCUAUCGUCGACGUUUCGAUUUGCGUGUGGGCGUCAAAUCAAACAAGCUGUUCAAAUCUCAGGGUCGCAUGGGUGACAACUGA